CGUGAACACUACGACAGGAAUUCGCCGAAAACUACAUUUCCCAUCCUGCCUCGCUUCCUCCUGCACGGCUGUGUGGCUAAUUGGUGAUUUUCUCUGCUUCGUCCAAACGGACAGAAAGUCAAUAUAUGGACAGUUCCUUGAAGAAUUAAAAAUUGCACGAAGAAUCAGUCCACUGCAAGACUCCAUACAUCAUGUGAUCACAAAGACUGACAAGACGUCAAAGCUAGAGGUGAAGUACAUCAAUCCUUUGAAAGGACGAGGUGUCUUCUCCUUAGCUCAAUUUUCCAAACGUGAUUUUGUGGUUGAGUACAGGGGGGAUAGGAUUGAUUUUUAUGAAGCUCAACGAAGAAGAAGACUCUACCACAGUCUUUGUACUGUGUUCAUGUUUGACUUCAAAUGGAAGGGGAAAAUGUGGUGUAUUGAUGCUGCCAAAGAAGAUGGAUCAUUUGGGAGGUUGGUUAACGAUGACCACAAGCACCCAAAUUGCAGAAUGAAGAUGAUUGAAGUAGAUGGAAGGCCACAUCUCUGCCUGUUUGCCAUAGAGGACAUAAAAGAGGGAGAUGAAAUCACCUACGAUUAUGGAGGAGGUGACUGGCCAUGGCGAAAGAAGGUUAGGGAGGACACAGUUUCCAGGAGUAACAUCAAAGAGAGUCAGCCACCAUCCCUGUCAGAACCUGUUCUUUCUACUUGUUCCUCAGCAAGUGAUCAGAGAACUGGAAAGAACACAAUAUCAGAAAACAGUGCUCAAGAGAACCAUCAGCUGUUGCAAUCAGGACCCGUUCUGUCUGCUUGUUCCUCAGCAAGUGAUCAACAGAGGACCAAGAAGGACACAAUUUCAGAGAUCAGUGCUCAAGAGAACUGUCUGCCAUUGCAGUCCAGACCUGCUCUGUCUGCAUGUUCCUCAGCAAAUGAUAAGAUGAGAAAUUCCAAUCCUGAGAAGACUGCAUGGGUCACCCCUAUGUCUCGUCAGUCAGAGCCUCUGAAGGAUGACAGCAACAACAGCAGUUCUGGGCAGAGUUCUUCGUCUGGAAAUACUGAUGACGAGCAUGCAUGUGUACCUAAAUUAAGAAGGACUAGAAGUAUUCUAAUGAGAGGGUUUGUUCCUGAAGAUUCAGAUGAGCUAUUUGAUUCUACUUCAGACAGUGGAGAGGAGUACGUCCCUGACUCUAGAGAUGAAAGGAACGAAAGUAGUUCAGAGAGUAGUACCUCCCGUAAACCAGUGAAAUGGAGCUGUCUGUCUUCUGUGGAUGAAGCUACCCCUUCUAAUCUUCAAGAUGGCAAGACAUCUGUAGUAUGUCCAUUCCAGUGA